CUACAUGGUGCAGAAAUUGCAUUCACCAUGUGCUGCAUAUCUUUCUGAGACUGUGCCAACAGGUCACAAUCAUCUGUAUACAGAAACUCAACAAGAUUUAUCCAAGAUGGCCACAGAACGUCAACCUCGACAUAAUGCUGGAAAUCGAAUGGCAAAGUUGUUAAAUGAAGAAGAAGAAGAUGAUUUUUACAAGAACACUUAUGGUGGCUUUAAUGAUGAAGAGGAUGACAUUGACUUCCAGUCUGAAGACUCUGAAUCUGAUGAGGUUGACUCUGACUUCAGUAUUGAUGAAGAUGAUGAAAUACGCAGUGAUAUAGAUGAUGAUGAUGAACCGAAACGCAAAAGAGGAAUUCACACCAAAGCUUACAAGGAACCAAAAAAAGCAAAGGAGACAACCAAAAUUAAACUUAAACUUAAGAAAGCUGAACGACCAUCUUUACAAAUUUACCAGUCGAAUUCAGAAAGAAAAUCUCUUCGUCAAUCAACUGCAGAAAAGUCCCAGGCAACUGCCCGUCGAGAAAAGGAACGGGAAGUCCGUGUUAAGAUGAUGAAAGAAAUAGCAGCCAAAAGAAAUGUAACCGAGGUGCGACGUCUGACACAGUCAGAGUUGCUGGAGGAGGCGAAGCUGACUGAAGAAUAUAAUAUCAAGUCCUUAGAAACAUACCAAAGACUGGAAUCUGAGAAGAAAAAGUGUCGAGUUCAAAAGACUACUUACAAAGGAGCUUUGGUUCGCUACCAGUCUGUGACUAUGCCUUUGAUUGAAGAAUUGCCUCAGUCGUUACACAAUAAUGAACCAGAAAUUAACGUAGAAGAUGUCUCAGGUGUUGAUUCCAUAUUAUUGAAAACUGAAACGAAAGGUGAAAAUGACGACCCUUCCAAAUCGCCAGAGAAGAGCAAACAUUCAAAGCAAGUAUCUGGUCCAAAGUGUUCUCGGACUUUCAUUACGUUUACAGAUGAUAAAACAUUUCGGGAAUAUUUUCCACAAACACGAGCUAAACCAGCAUCCGCAUCAUCUAGAACUCUGUGUCCCGUCACACGACAACCAGCCAGAUACUUUGAUCCUAUCACACAGACACCCUAUGCAACAACAGCAGCUUUCAAGGUACUGAGGGAAGCACUUGUCAUCCAACAAGAACAGCCUGUUGAGCUGAAGCGCAAGUCUCGAAGUAGCAACCAACAGAAUUCAUCAUCAUCAUCAUCAUCAUCAUCAUCAUCUAUGGCUCACAACACAACCACACUUUUAGCAUCAGCAACUAGUUAGAAAUUCUACACAGACAAUUGUUAAUGUGAUCUGUGAUGGAAGGGGAUUCUCUCAUACAAACAUACAAGAAUGAAUUAGACACUUCCUUCAGUGUCUUUCCAGAACUCUUACAAUUUUUUACAAAUAAACAUUGAAAAGCAGUGUUUUUGUGAAUGA